AUGGCGGCUCCUCCGGGCGAGUACUUCAGCGUCGGGAGCCAGGUGUCGUGCCGGACGUGCCAGGAGCAGCGGCUGCAGGGGGAGGUGGUGGCCUUCGACUACCAGUCCAAGAUGCUGGCGCUCAAGUGUUCCUCUUCCAGUGGGAAACCCAACCACGCAGACAUCAUGCUUAUAAACCUACAGUAUGUUUCAGAAGUGGAAAUAAUUAACGACCGCACAGAAACCCCGCCCCCCCUAGCUUCACUCAACGUUAGCAAGCUUGCCAGCAAAGCCCGGACGGAGAAGGAGGAGAAGCUGAGCCAGGCGUAUGCAAUUAGUGCUGGGGUCUCCCUGGAGGGCCAGCAGCUCUUCCAGACUAUUCAUAAGACCAUUAAGGACUGUAAAUGGCAAGAAAAAAACAUCGUAGUCAUGGAAGAAGUGAUCAUCGCUCCUCCUUACCAAGUGGAGAACUGUAAAGGCAAAGAGGGGAGCGCCCUGAGCCACGUACGCAAAAUAGUCGAGAAACAUUUUAGAGAUGUGGAAAGCCAAAAGGUAAUGCAGCGUUCACAAGCACAGCAAACACAGAAGGAAGCGACUCUGUCGUCCUGAGUCCCGCACAACGCACACCGGGCGGGGGUGGGGGGGGGCCGAUCCGGCGCCCCGGCCGGCCGCCCGACCCGCCGGGACCCCCGGAACCG